GUAGCAUGCGACAGGUAGCCUAGUCCCACAGGUGUGUAGCCGCUGCUCUACAACGCAUUUGGAAGACCAGUUAUCCGGCAGUAGACCUGUUUUUGGAUAACAUGAAUGAGGAAGUAUGAGAACAAUCUGGGAACUCUAAUCAAUCAACUCAGGGAAGCAUCCACUGAAGGACUUGUGCAUAUCCUUUUCGCCUUUUAACAUGUUUUGGUCAGGCGUGAAACCCAGGAGGGGUGUAGAGAUGAUCGCAUUUGUAAUCGGUGUUUGCACCGUUUUAAGUCUUCCGUUCGGAUCUAAUGGAGAAGCAAUACCACAAAAACCCACGGGAGAUGUCAGUAUCAUGCCCCCGAUCAAACCUGCCGAUGGACCUCAAGCCUUUCCCGACGCGGAGAAAGCCAAUAUGCCGGUCUUUACAAUGGACUACCCCAGGAUACAGCUCCCCUUUGAGAUCACUCUUUGGGUUCUCCUCGCAUCAUUCGCUAAAAUCGGCUUCCAUGUGUACCACAAGAUCACCGUGUGGGUGCCAGAGUCGUGCCUGCUCAUCGCCAUCGGCCUGAUGGUGGGAGGCAUCAUGCACUCAGUGCACGAGGAGCCCCCCGCCGUGCUGAGCUCCAACGUCUUCUUCCUCUACAUGCUGCCCCCCAUCGUGCUGGACUCCGGCUACUUCAUACCCACCCGGGCCUUCUUCGAGAACAUCGGCACGGUGCUGUGGUUCGCGGUGGUGGGCACGCUGUGGAACAGCAUCGGCAUCGGCAUGUCCCUGUUCGCCAUCUGCCAGAUUGAGGCGUUUGGCGUGCAGGACAUCAACCUGCAGGAGAACCUGCUGUUUGCCUCCAUCAUCUCGGCUGUGGACCCCGUGGCCGUGCUGAGCGUCUUCGAGGACGUGUCGGUCAACGAGCAGCUGUACAUCGUGGUGUUUGGGGAGUGCCUGUUCAACGAUGCCGUCACAGUGGUGCUGUACAACAUGUUUAGCUACGUGGCGGACAUGCCGGAGGUGGAGCCAGUGGAUGUAUUCCUGGGGGUGGCUCGCUUCUUCGUGGUGGGGCUCGGAGGCAUGGGCUUCGGCCUGCUGUUCGGCCUUGUGGCGUCUUUCACCACACGCUUCACCGGCAACGUUCGGGCCAUCGAGCCCCUCUUCAUCUUCAUGUACAGCUACCUGGCCUACCUGGUGGCCGAGCUCUUUGCCAUCUCCUCCAUCAUGGCCAUUGUGACGUGUGCCAUCACCAUGAAGUAUUACGUGGAGGAGAACGUGUCUCAGCGCUCCUGCACCACCAUCCGCCACGUCAUCAAGAUGCUAGGCUCCAUCUCGGAAACGCUCAUCUUCUUUUUCCUGGGGGUGGUCACCAUAACGACGGAGCACGAGUGGAACUGGGGCUACAUCAUGUUCACGCUGCUGUUCGCCUUUCUGUGGAGAGGGCUGGGUGUGUUGGUGCUGACCCAGAUCAUCAACCCCUUCCGGACCAUCCCCUUCAACAUGAAGGACCAGUUUGGUCUGUCGUACGGGGGCCUGAGAGGAGCCAUCUCUUUCGCCCUGGCGUAUACCCUGCCCGACAACAUUGGCCGUCGGCAGCUUUUCAUCACGGCCACAAUCUGCAUCAUCAUCUUUACUGUGUUUAUACAGGGAAUCAGUAUCAGACCUCUGAUUGAGCUCAUCAACGUCCGCAGAACCAACCGCAACCUUGACACCAUCAAUUCGGAGAUUCAUUGCAGGGUAAUGGAGCACACGCUUUCUGGAAUCGAGGACCUCUGCGGACAGUGGAGUCACUACUACUGGAAGGACAAGUUCAUGAAGUUCAACAACCUCGUCCUCCGUAAGAUCCUGAUCAAGGACAAGCGGGCCGAGUCCAGCAUCGUGGCGUUGUACAAGAAGCUGGAGCUGCAGAACGCCAUGGAGAUCCUGGACACUGUGACCGGGGACCUCAGCGCAGCGCCCUCCCUCGUCUCUCUAUACGAGGAGAAGAAGGGCCCGGCCAGUAAUCCGAAGAAGAAGUUCGGGAGGGCUGACCUGAGGAGCAUGCAUGACCUGCUGUCCAAAAACAUGUACAAGAUAAGAGAGCGGACGUUGGCGUACACUAACAAGAAUGCGCUGCCCAACGAGAGCCAGAGCAAGGAGAUCCUGAUCCGACGCCACGCCAGCAUCAGACGCAGCAUCCGCCCCGGGAGCUUCCAGAAUGAGCCGGUUCCAAAAUCUCAGAAGUACUUCUCUCUGCCUGCCGGGCAGAAUCUGGACUCACACUUCCCUUUCAAGAGACGAAGCCGUGCAGACGACGAGGAGACCAUGUCGGAGACGGCCUACCCCUCCAGACGAAUCCGCUUCAACAGGCCCUCCCGCUCCUCCUCCAGAGCCAUGGUGCCACUCCAGCGGAUGGGCACGCUGACAGAGGCCUCCUCGGUGGACGUGAUGAACGAGGACCCCAGGCGACCCCGCGCUCCUCCCCUUCCCGCUCCGCGCCGACACUCGGAAGACGUGCCCGACGAAGACACUGAAAAAGAAGACGACGGCACGGCGGAGCCCGCAAACCCGCCCACGUCGCCGUCUUGGGCCGCCGAGCCGACGGAGCGACCGGAGAACCGCACGGUGCGGAACCCCCUGCUGAGGAAGCCUCAGUGGAACCCCAAGAGGCAGUGAGGGGCCUGUGGUGGGUCGCCUUGGCAGCAGGACUCCUGGGGAACAUGGCUUUCUUUAAGGGGCCCCGACUGCCGCAUGGAUCCCCUCGUCUGGCUGCUGUGUGGUCAGACGAGCCAGUCGGCUUUAGUUACCAGCUCAUCUCCAAAGAGACUCGAUCCUUCGUGCUACACUGCCAUUCGCUCAUCCGCACGCAUUCUUCGUUGCCAAUGGGCGGCUGUUAAUGCGUUGAGCCUGGAGGUGUUCAGACUGAGUGCGUUCAGGGACUGGAGGCACUGAGAGGUGUGCACUCUCCCGUGGGAGAGUUUUAUUUACUCUCGACAUGUGAAUUACGCAAGAAACAUUUUCUUUUAUUCUUCAAAUACUGGGGUUUCUCACACCUGAUCUCAUGAUCCACUUGUUGUGUAAAGUUGUCAUUUAAAUUAAUUUAACAGUUUUAUAGUUAAUUAUCUACCUAUUGUAUGUAGUGUAUAUAGUUGUUUUUAAUUGUUUGUCAAGGCCAUGAUUUCAGGUGUACAAGUUUCUGAUAAUGUAUGGAAUGUAACUAUGCAUUACAAAGCCCUCUUUCAAUGUUUGUCUGUUACAACAGCGGCCCAAAUUGUAAAAAGACCUGUCCAAUGUUUUUUUAACACUGUAUUAGGCCUAAUAAAAAGUGUAAAUCCUUUUCAA